AUGACUGCUGAACUAAGGAAAUCACAGUUAAAUAUUGGAGAAUUUUUAGGUGCAACAGACAAGUAUGUGGCCAAACUAGAAAUAAAACUAUGUAGCUUUAUUGUUGAACAUAAUAUACCCAUCCAAUUAAGUGAUGAUCUCUUAGCCCUACUGUCCAGCUUAUUUCCAUCAUAUAAGACCGUUCAAAAAGCAACAUUGGGAAAGCAGAAAGCGACAAAUGUUAUUCGCCAGGUUCUGGGAUUCAAUACCCAAAAGGGCUCCACUAAUGGUCUGAAGUCUCGAAAAUUUUCAUUGAUUAUUGAUGAGACAACAGAUCGUUCACAUAAGAAUCAGCUGGCAGUAUUGGUGACCUACUUCAAUCCAGAUACAUUUAAAAUGGACUGUGACUUAAUUGACAUUGUCCAGUUAGAUGAUGGAAAAGCUGACACAAUUUUCAAAGCUAUAGUGGAAUGCUUUGAGCAGAAAGGUAUUCCAAUGGGGAAUAUAAUCAGGUUUUGUGCGCAGACACCUGCAAUGUAA